AUGCCGAGAGCCAGCGAGCGGGCGAGUGUGGAGGGCUCGGGGAGUGAGCUGCUGGUGGGCGCUAUGCGCCAGGACAAGUCGCGUCUGGCCCAGUUCGUGCUGGAGGCCCUGGACCUUCGGGUGGUCAACGCGAGGACCGAGUGCGGUUGGACCCCCCUGAUCCACGCCUCUCUCCUCCCGGACCCCGGCCAGAGGUGCCGCUACGUCCGGCUGCUGCUGGAGAAAGGGGGCGACGUGAACGGCGCGGACAGGGACGGGCGCACGGCUUUGAGCCACUCCUGCCAGGCCGGGCACGGCGAGGUGGUCAAGCUGCUGGUCAAGGCCAACGCAGACCCCCAGAUCCCCGACGCCUGGGGCAACGACGCCCUGAUCUACUCGGCCUUGGCCGGCCAGGGAGCCCUGGUGGACUUCCUAGUUCGCUCCUUCAGGAGGUUGGGUUUGGACGUGGCUCGCGCCAACCAUCGAGGCAUCUCGGCAAUCGAGAUCGCCAGGGACCUGGGCCACACGGCCUGCCUCCGAGCUCUCACCAAAGGAACCAGGAGAAGGUCCAGCCUCGAACCGGGCAACGGUGGACCUCUUGAGGACAUCACACUUAAGGGGUACGAACAGAAUCAGGGGCUGGAGAAAUCCAAGGGUGGUGCUAAAUUGGUGUCCACCAGCCAUCAGAUGGACAGUCAGCCCAAGAGAUUGGCUUCCGAGCCUCUCAAGGAGAUCCCGAAGCUCAACCUAGGCUUGGUUGCUCCUCAAAGAGCUCAAUGUGUUUGUCAGGGCCUGAUGGAGGAGGACGAGGGAGGGUCCUCAAUGGUUCCCGAGAGACGGGAGAUCCUGCCCUGCAUCCCAGGAGGAGAUCAAGACCCAAGGAACUUACCCAGUCGAGGUGGUUCCUCAGGAAGGAAGGACCUGAUUCUUUGCCAACCGUCACCUCUCGACCUUCAGUCUCGCCAACCGUCUCGUGUGCCCGUCUGCAGAAGAUCCUGA